AUGAUCUCAUCUCUACAGCAGCUGCAUAGUGCAGCGAAGCAAACCCGUAACUUUGUAUCAAACUUCUACAUAUCUGACGAAGGCAACAGGAUCAUUAGGAUUUUAACCGGAACGGAAACAACUGUUUUAAAGCAAUAUACAUAAGUGUUGCUGCAUUUUUACACUGACGGGUCCUGGAAAACAAAAGGGGAAAACGCUUAGUAUUGUGUUCAUGCCAUCCAAUGGUUGACGGGGAGAGGAGAAAAGGGUCUUGACCUGACUGCAGUUUGGCGUCAUAACCGAAUUCAGUGGGCAAACUCUCACCUUUGAUGGCCACUGGCAUGCUGGAGAAGUGUGCACUUUACAGAUGAAUCCCGGUUUCAACUGUACCGGCAGAUGGCAGACAGCAUGUAUGCCGUUGUGUGGGUUGUAGCCAGUUGGAGUGAGAUGAGAGCCCAGUGGAGUAGCAGACACACUGAGCAUCCAGCCUAGCCAUGCCUUGCUGCUGAGUGCCCUGGUCACCAGCUCUGGCCUUGGCACCAUGACCAGUCUGAAGCGCCCACCCAUGGAGCGCAUCGUGGGGGGCUCUAUCCCAGCCAUCGACGAGUUCUACACCCGCCACCUCCGCCUGGCCAACGGAGGGGCACGUACAGACAGCGCCCACCCUCCAGGGGGCCCGGGGGUGCCUAAAAUGGGGGUACGGGCACGGGUUGCCGAGUGGCCCCCGAGGAAGGACCUGGGUGCUCUCUGGCAGGCUACCACAGAGCCAGAGUCCCCAGCCUUAGUCGGAGGUGGGCAGAGCCACCUGAAACUAGGUCACCUGAUGAGCCCCCAGGACGCAUCCAUGCUCCGCAGCAUCCACAACACACUGAAGAGUAAAACCCAGGGGGCCAGCUCCAGCCCAGACAGCCGUUACCUGUCCCCCACAGACUACAGAGUCCCCUCCCACAGAAACAUCCGCCGCAUCCGCCAGCGCAGCAACAGUGACAUCACCAUCAGUGAGCUGGACGAUGGCGGGGACAGUGGGGAUGAAUUGGGCCCCUCAGGGGCCAAGUGGUCCCCACUACACAGAGAGUAUGGCAGCACCUCCUCUAUAGACCAGCACGGGGUGCCAGGGGAGAGCUUCUUUGAGAUGCUGAAGGGCUACCAGGGGGACAAGCCUGACCAGCGCAGCCCUGCACCAGACAGACUAGAGGACUUGCUGACUGCUGGGCUCAAGCAGGCCUCCAUAGAACUACAUGAGGAGACUAGUGAGAGCCAGACAUCCAGCAGAGUCAAGGAGAGAGAGAAGCCCCCAAAGAGACGCUCCAAGUCAGAGACAGGGGGAGAGUCUAUAUUCCGUAAACUACGCAGCGUGAGGGGGGAGUCGGACUCACCACGGGCCGGCUCUGAUGCUGAAGACGGUCGGUCAGAGGACUGGGUAACCCCCCUCAAGCCAUGGGUGUGCCAGAGGGGCUUCUCCCACUACGACGUGCAGAGCAUGAUGUUUGACCUGAAUGAGGUGAUCCAGAGCAGGCAGAUGGCAGCGGGGAAGAGGAAGAACACCACCACAGGGGCGUCUGCUGCAGCUGCAGCCUCCAACACCUCCACUGUGUCCUCCACCCAGAGCCUGGCCUACAGCUCCCCCGCUGGCAGCCAGGAGGAGCUCAGUGCCGGGGCCAGGGACAGCCCCAGCAUGGGCACCGGGGACGAACAGAGCAACGAGAUGAUCCUCAGCUGCCCCUGCUUCCGCAAUGAGAUUGGGACCAACGGAAGGCGCACAGCGGGAGCCGGGCCCCCCAAACAGUGGAGUGGCGGCUCGGAGACCCUGGGAAGCGAGGGCAGUCAGUUUGAGUCGUCCCUCAGCUCCCACUGCACUAACGCUGGGGUUGCAGUGCUAGAGGGGCCCAAGGACAGCCCCAGUUCCCUCAGUGACAGAGGCAAACACUACAUCGUAGAGCAUGUAGACCUGGGAGCUUACUACUACAGGAAGUUCUUCUACCUUAGAGAACACUGGAACUACUUUGGAAUGGACGAGGCUCUGGGUCCGGUGGCUGUGAGUCUGCGCAGGGAGAAACAAGAGGAGCACAGAGAGCACGGCCAGCAGUACAACUACCGGGUCAUCUUCAGAACAUCAGAGUUGAUCACACUCCGGGGGUCUAUUCUGGAGGAUGCGGUGCCCUCGUCCUCUAAGCAUGGCACUACCCGCGGGCUGUCCCUGAAGGAGGUGUUGGAGCACCUGCUUCCAGAGCUGGAUGUGCCCUGCCUCCGCUUGGCCCUCAACACGCCCAAGGUCACAGAACAGCUGAUGAAACUGGAUGAGCAGGGGCUGAGUUUCCAGGUGAAGGUGGGGGUGAUGUACUGCAGAGCUGGGCAGAGCAGUGAGGAGGAGAUGUACAACAAUGAGACGGCGGGCCCUGCCCUGGAAGAGUUCCUACAGCUGCUGGGGGAGAGAGUCCGCCUCCAGGGCUUCACCAAGUACCGCGCCCAGCUUGACACCAAGACUGAUUCCACUGGCAGCCACUCCCUGUACACAGCCUACAGGGACUAUGAGAUCAUGUUCCACGUGUCUACCCUGCUGCCCUACACACCCAACAACAAACAACAGUUGCUGAGGAAGAGACACAUUGGAAAUGACAUCGUCACCAUCGUGUUCCAGGAGCCGGGAGCGCUACCCUUCACCCCCAAGACCAUCCGCUCCCACUUCCAACACGUGUUCAUCAUCGUCCGUGUGCACAGCCCCUGCUCCGACAAUACCUGCUAUAGCGUGGCUGUGACUCGUUCCCAGGACGUGCCCUCCUUUGGCCCUCCUAUCCCCAAGGGUGUGACCUUCCCCAAGUCCACUGUCUUCAGGGACUUCCUGCUGGCCAAGGUCAUCAACGCAGAGAACGCCGCCCACAAGUCUGAAAAGUUUGGUGCCAUGGCGACACGCACGCGACAGGAGUACCUGCGGGACCUGGCAGAGCGGCAUGUGACCAGCACGCCGGUGGAGCCCACGGGGAAAUUCCCCUUCAUCUCAUUGGCUCACAAGCGGAGAGAGAGGGUACGGCCGUACAGUGGGGCAGAGCUAAGGAGCCUAGGUGCAGUGACAUGGCCGGUGCAUGCGGAGGACCAGGUAGCCGGGGCGGAGAGGGAGUGUCUACUGGCCAUCUCCAACGAUUUCCUCAUCCUAUUGGAUCAGGAGGCGAAGGCUGUGGUCUUUAACUGUGCCACGCGUGACGUCAUUGGCUGGUCCUCUGGCAGCCCCGCCUCCAUGAAGAUCUACUAUGAGCGUGGGGAGAGUGUGUCGCUGCGCUCUAUCAACAACAACACAGAGGACUUCGGAGAGGUGGUGAAACGCCUGGAGCUCCUGUCAAAGGGCAGCCAGACCACAGAGAUGACCCUGAGGAGGAAUGGCCUGGGCCAGCUGGGCUUCCAUGUAAACUUUGAGGGUAUUGUGGCAGAGGUAGAGCCCUACGGGUACGCCUGGCAGGCGGGGCUGCGCCAGGGCAGCAGGCUAGUAGAGAUCUGUAAGGUUGCCGUGGCAUCGCUGUCCCACGAGCAGAUGAUCGAUCUCCUGAGGACCUCCGUCACCGUCAAGGUGGUCAUCAUUCCCCCGCACGAGGACUCCACCCCUCGCAGAGGCUGUUCAGAGCUGUACCACAUGCCCCUGGUGGACUAUAAGAACCACAAGGAGGGGAUGCCCUAUGAGUUUAAAUUCCCCUUCCGCAGCAACAACAAGUGGCCCCGCACCUCCUCCAGCCCACAGAGCCGCACCACAGCGGCCCUGGGGGGGACGCUCAUCAAGGCCCCGGCUUCAGAGUACCAGGAGCCGACCGGCGUCAUCCCCCGCAGUGUGUCCAGCGAUGGGCGCCCUCUCAACCCUAAAAGGUAUUCCCCAGGGAAUGAUAACUAUGCCCUGGCUUGUUCCAUCGUGAUGGGCCGCUCUCCACACACCCGCAAAGCCCCUACCAGUCUCUCCUACAUAGACACUGGGAGCGCAGGCUCCAACCACUGGAGACAGAAGUCCAUGCCAGACGGGUUUAACAACAAUACCCACCACUCCCCUGUGUCUGCUGAGCAUCAGGGAGUGGGAGAGGGGUCUAACGAGACCAAGCCUGCCACUGGAUGGCCCCUAGCGCUGGAAGGGGAGGUGGCCGACAGGGGGGCUGAUAGAGCAGACCCAGCUGUAUCCAAGGCAGUAACUCGUCUCCAGCAGCAGGAACAGGGGACACACCUGUCUCCCAACAAGAACAUCAAGGUGGAAGCUUCCUACUCCUCCAGCCAAUCAGGCAGCAACACACUGUCCAGUAAUGCCUCCAGCUCUGCCCACAGUGAUGAAAAGUGGUAUGAGAUUGGCUCCAGCAGGACAGGGGUACGGCCUGACUCAGAGCUCAACGGCUACCUACAGGGGGCAUCCACAGACAGCGGCAUUGAUGCUACCUCCUACGGGGCCACAGGGUGGGGUUCCAGAGCCAAAGAUCGCCUGGCCCAAGAGACCUCUCCUUCAGCCCCAGACUCCCCCGCCCCCCCAGGGAGCAGCGCAUACCCAGCCCAGAGCCCCCUUGUGUUCCCCCCAGCCCCGGACAGUGGCUCCUACACCCUCAGUGAUGCUGCGUCCCACUCCAGUACUCUGAGCUCGGGCCAGUCUGGCAGUCCCAUGGGUCCAGGCUGCAGUCCCAGCUCCUCCCAGGAGGAGUCAGCCCUUGCCACAUCCCCCACCUCUCAGACCUCCCUCUCCCCUGGAGGCCCCAAGAGCUUCUACCCCCGCCAGGGAGCCACCUCCAAGUACCUGAUUGGCUGGAGGAAGCCUGGAGGUACCAUCAACUCUGUGGACUUUGGCAAAACACGCAAACGUCACCAGAGUGAUGGGUUGCUGGGUGGCCAGCCCCAGCUCAGGGCUCAGCUCAGGGCCCAAUCCCCCCAGCGGGUCACCACGUCUAGCCUGCAGGAGGACCUGAAGAAACUCAUCACCCUAGACAGCCCCCCACCCUCCUCCCACGACCAAAAGCCCUCUUUCCCCGUCCCCCCUCCCAGCCGGCGCUCCUUGCAGAGGACCCUGUCAGAUGAGAGCAUCUACAGCGGGCAGCGGGAGCCCGCGUUCAGCGGGCACAGACAGACACCCAACGACCUGCUCUUCAGCUGCUCCACCAUACCCCGCUCGCCCACCGCCCGCCACGCGCCACCCCGACAACCCUCACACAAGUCUCUGGGUGAUCUAUGUGAGUCGUCCAGCCAGGACCAGGGGGGUAGGAGACAGCAGCUGGGGGACCCAUGCCUCAUGCCCCUGCCUAACUCUGGAGCUGACCGUGCUCUGGACUGGUCCAAUCUGGUGGAUGCUGCCAAGGCCUUUGAGGUGCAGAGACUGUUAUCCGUUAAUGAUGGGAGCACCAGCCCAGAGGUCACAGCCCCCAGCCCCCAGCAGGCCGAACCCCAGGCUUCCCCACAGAGAAACACCUCGCCUGGUGAGAGCCCAGCUUGUCUGAUGGAGAAGGUGAGCCAACUGGAAUCCAUGGUGAAGCUGCUGCAGGAUGAUCUAAAGAAGGAGAAGGAUGCCAAAGUGUCCUUGCAAGCCCAGAUACAGAGCCUGAGAGAGGACAACCAGCGGCUCCAGGAGGAGUCGUACAGCGCCUCGGCCAAGCUCAAGAAGUUCACAGAGUGGGUGUUCAACACCAUCGACAUGAACUGACUGAUCCAUGUGCUAUUGAGAGGAACAGCUGAACACACGUGACCACAACACACUCAAACUCAAACUGAUUCACACUAUGGGGGCUCAGAACCACAAGACUUGCUUCUUUGAUUUCUUCAUUAGAACUGAUAUUCUGCUAUUGACAUGGACCGAUUCACAGUGGAUGUAAAUGCUGUAUGAUCAACAUGAACUGUUGAUCCCAUCAUGAUCGGCCAUUAUUCUUCAACACAGUGGAUCUGUAGUACCACCACCACUAACGACUCAAUGAGAGGUGUUUUAAAGGAGGAGAUAGAGAGACAGAGAUGACCAGCAUGCAGUCCUUUCUUUAGGAUUUGCUGGCACUAUACUGUAAUGUCCCUGCAUGUCUGACAGAGAUGUAUUAACUUCCCUGGGCUAUGCUGUGGAACCUUCUCAUGUUGACCUUGUCCUUCAGAUCCUGCUCCUUCAUACUGUACUCCUCUCCACAGUGGAACAAAUUGUCCAUUGUAGGACAGUCGUGUGUUAUUUAAGACAAUCCCAGCAGGGAACAGUUCAGAAAUGUGUGUUGCAUUCAGUUCAUACACAUACUUUUACCUGUUUCUUAACAGGUUCACAGCACAUUUAAGAGAUUGCGAAAGUCCAAGUUGCAUAUUGAAGGUUUGAGUGACCAGCUGGUAUUUUGUUAGCAAUUUAUGGAAAAACACGACGGGGCUGUCGCUUGUCCCCAAGAAUUGAACUUGUCCCUUUCAGUACAAUUCUAGAAAGGAAAUGACAGGCAGUCUCUUGGCCUGUGUACUGUGUAUUGGAUAUAGUUUAAUAUUAGUACUAUUAUGGUCGAUGCCUCUCAGUGAUGCCUCUCCCAUUGAUCCUCCAUAAAGGGAUGUAAAACAUGUUAUAGGGGGUUAAGUAUACCUCACAUACAGUACUGUACAUGACUACAGCUAGUUAACUGAUGAAAAGUACUUAACUUGCCACGUAAAAAAAUAUACAAAUGAAAUAAUAUGGGUGCCAUAAUGACGAGAAUAAGCUUCAAAAUUCUUCAUCAACCAAAGCUGUUCAACAAUUUCUUUUGUAAAUAUAUAUGAGCAGAAAUGUUACCACUGCAAAACACCGUAUAUUGUUUUACCACUACACACUAUGACUCUGUGGACUGGGCUCAUUUCAGGAGGGUAAGAUGGGCUUACUGGAUACAGUAGUUCCAGAAUGUACUAUUGGUUAUUAUAUAAAAACAACUGGACUGACUGGGUGGAUGACUGGAAGACCAGGCGUACUGUUCAAUUCACUUCUAACUGAUGAUACUGAUUCUACUUGGUCUAUUUCAUUAUUGGUAUGGUCCCAUCCUCGCCUGCCUGCUGUAUUGGAUCCACAGUGCCACCUAGUGAUGAUAACAUGUCAUUACAUGGAAAUACGUUCUAUACCUGAUCCACAGCAUGUUACAAAGCCCCUGGUGCCACAUGUAUUUCAUCCUGUUCUACUCUCUGUCGAUGAAAUCAUGACAUAUAACGAUUUUUAUGUAAAUCCUGAAAUGCCAGCUACAGUCAUCGAAGUCUAUUAGUAAGUAACUUGGUAGACCCUCCACGGCUACAGUCAGUUGUACUAUUAAAACCCCCACGCUUCCCCUUUGGUUCCCAUUCUGUACAACCUGUAUAUAUAUAUCAAAGGAUUCUGACGCUCAUCAUAAUUUGCACCUUCCUUCUUGACAUGUAUUACAGCAUGUGAUGGUGUUUCCUUUGAGCUGUGAUGUGUAAAAAUGUUUAUAUCUAUUAAAGAUAUUUUGUUCAAUUGUA